AGUCUCAGCACGCGGCUCCGCUGUCAACAACACACCCCUCAAAAACACUAAACUAAUGUCCACCACCCCGUGAAACUCGGAUGUGAUUAAAAAAACACACUUUAGCACAAGAAACGAGGGUCAAAAGCGACUUUCAAAAAGGCAGACGCUGGAAAACUUCGCGCACAUAUGUUUGGCUUUCACAAGCCCAAAAUGUACAGGAGUUUGGACGGCUGCUGCAUCUGCCGUGCCAAGUCAUCCAGCUCUCGUUUCACGGACAGCAAGCGGUACGAGAAAGACUUCAGGAGCUGUUUUGGGUUGAGUGAAACGCGGUCUGGAGAAAUCUGCAACGCUUGCGUGCUCCUCGUGAAACGGUGGAAAAAGCUUCCUGUGGGAACCAAGAAAAACUGGAAUCAUGUUGUUGAUGCCAGAGGAGGCCCCAGCCUAAAGAUAACUUCUCGACCCAAGAAAAUAAAGUCUGUCACAAAGAAAGCACGGCCUAGCCAGAUCAUCAGGCUGCAGAAGGAGCUUAAACGAAACAAUUCAGAUGCCCACAGCACAACGUCCAGUGCCUCUCCUGCUCAGUCUCCAAGCUACAGCAACCUGUCAGACGACGGUUCUGACAGCGAACUGAGCCCAGGAUCCAGCCGCUCCCCGGUUUUCUCAUUUCUGGACCUGACAUAUUGGAAACGGCAAAAGGUGUGCUGUGGAAUAAUCUAUAAGGGCCGCUUCGGGGAGGUGCUCAUCGACCCACAUUUGUUCAAACCCUGCUGCCGCAAGAAGCAGCGGCAGCAGGAGCAGCAACAGGAGGAUGAGGAAGAGGAUGAGGAAGAGGAGGAGGAAGAGGUGGAGGUAGAGGAGGGCCAAGUGGGGGUGGAAAAAGCCCAGACGGAAGAGGAAGUGAAGGAGACGCCUCAGUGUGAGGAAAAUGCUGAGCCUGCUAAGCUGUGCAUCCCCGUGACAUCACCUCCAGCCAAGAGCGAGGCCGUGGCCGUGAUGGAGGAAGGCUGGUAAAGUUUCAACGCCCCGUUCUGGACAUCUCUGAAGACAUCUGGGCUGCUGUUCUGUUUUGUUUAUUUUUGUUUCGUCUUUUUUGAGGACUUACAGAAAGAAGUCGCCUCAGAUUGCCUUCAUUCAUAAAGCAGCUAAAAAUCAUUCAGUCUUCUCCACCAUAACGUUGGAAGAUUGUGUAUAAUGUUUAAAUGGUAACUUAUGGACUUUGUGUUUCAUUUUGUUUCUCUUUUUGUUCCUGUAUUUAAUAUUUUUUAACCAUCCUGACGAUGGACCAUCAUCUGUGGUGUUAUUGAUCUACUUAGGAUGAAAUGCUGGAGCUCUGGUUUGCUGGUACAUUUAACUUACUUUAUUCCAAAACGCAAUAUGUCCACUUUUUUUUACCAAGAAAGGUGCUACUUGAAACUCAUGACUCAACAUUUCCACCACACAGCUAAACCUGUUGUCCCUUUGCAAGCAUAAAUGUUGACUAAUGUUGCGAUA